CACAUCGAGCUGGUCUGCGGCCUGUGAGCCCGUUUGUCUGUGGACCUGAAGUUUGCAGUUUUUAUUAUUAUGGCGAGAUACAUGCGACCUCCAAACACUUCUCUGUUCAUCAGAAACAUCUCCGAUGACAGCAGAAAAUGUAAAGACAUACAGUUCUGGAGACCUUCCCUACACAGAAUAUUUAAAAGGGCCGAUGUAGAGUAGAUUCAAGACAAAGAAAAUAAAGAGAAAGUUAAAGCUUGAAGAUUCAAAGGGGACCAAAAUCAAGUCAAGGCCUCGGUCUGACCAAAGAAAGAGGAAAAGACUAAAGGUUAUUGGGCAAAGACAUCCCCAAGUCCUUCUCGGAGGAGGUUAAAGACAAAAAAGGUCAAGCUGAAGGUCAAAGGUCAAGCAUGUUAAAGCAAAGCCUUAACCGCAGCUGCAUGUUCGAGGACGUUCGUGACGCAGAGGAUGCGCUUCAUAACCUGGACAGGAAGUGGAUCUGCGGACGGCAGAUCGAGAUCCAGUUCGCUCAAGGAGACCGCAAGACUCCCGGUCAGAUGAAGUCCAAAGAGAAGCGCUCUCCUCGCAGCGACUCACGAUACGACGACUACGAGCGGGACGGGCGGCGCAGACGGUCCCGCAGCCGCAGUUACAGAAGCAGAUCUCGCAGUCAGUCCUACGAACGCCACGCUCGCCCAUCAGGGAGCCCGAGAGACUCUCGGUCACACGGCAGACACCGGAGAAGCAGAAGUCGUGAGAAUGACAGACACAGGUCACGUGACCACGGACGCAGACACCACCGGUCUGCCUCGCAUUCUCCUUCCCAGGACUCCAAGUACAAGUCCAAGAGCCGCAGGUCUCAGUCCAGGUCGGGCCAGCCGGUGGAAGACCUGCACCCGUCCACCGGCUCCCGUGAGGACGAACCCCGGGGCCGCUCGGCGUCCCGGUCACCGUCUCGCUCGCGCUCCAGGUCCUGGGCCGGCCGCAAGUCUGGGGGCCGUUAGUGUAAAUACAGUAUCAUGUGCAGCUUUUCAUCGUGUGUAUUCAUGACACCGUGCUUAUCAGAUCCCCAAACUAAUGAUGCAGCUUGUUUGAAAGUUAGUGUUGUCAAAGGCAGUUUCAGAUUGUUCUUUUGUAAGAAAUGUGCCCAUCGCUUUGAUGCCAGUGUAAUAAAGAUGGCUUUAUUUUUA